AUGAUCAACGAAUCCUCCACUCUCAUGAGUCACAACAUCUUGUUAGACCACAAGUUCAAUGCAAAGAUCUCUGAUUUUGGUUUAGCAAAGUUAUGUUCAAAUGAACAAAGUGCAGUAUCAAUGACUGCUGCUAGAAGGAUUACGGGUUACAUUGCACCUGAAGUGUUCUCUAGAAACUUUGGGAAUGUGUCAGACAAAUCAGAUAUUUAUAGUUUUGAAAUGUUGUUGCUAGAAAUUGUUGGAGUGAGAUUAAACAAAAUAAAGAAAGAGGAUCAAUUAAAGAUUUUAAAGUUUUUGGAGGAUUAUAAAGCUCUUAAGCCUGCAAGAUACUCCUACACAGAUAUCAAGAAAAUCACAAAUCGAUUUCAGAACAAAGUAGGCCAAGGAGGUUAUGGAUCAGUGUACAAGGGAAAUCUUUCAAAUGAUGUUCAUGUUGCAGUUAAGAUUCUUAACAAUGUGAAAGGAAAUGAGAAGGAAUUCAUCAAUGAAGUGCAAACAAUAGGCAGAAUCCACCAUAUCACUAUUGUUCACUUGGUAGGACACUGUUCUGACGGAUUCAGAAGAGCUCUCCUUUAUGAGUUCUUAUCAAACAAUUCGCUUGAAAAGUUCAUCUCCUCUCUGAUAGAGAGAAGCGUUCACUUGGUUGGGAGAAGCUGCAAGAUAUAG